UACCAGAAGGCCAUUCGUCAUAACGGUAGGAUUGAGAUUCUGAAGGGGUGAAAACGGAGCGCUUGGAAAAAAGGACGCGUGAAUUCUGUACAUAAUAAGUCGCCGUGUGCAUUGCAUGGUUGAAUUCGGUAGAAGCUGUUGUGAACGAGAAGAGGAAUUAUAUUAACUACCGUCAUAUUUCAAUUAUCUCUUUAAAAAGCGACAUCUUUUAGUGAAGAAAAUCACAAGGGAAAUACACCUGAUAACUACUAUUAUAACACUAGCUGUUAGGCACGGUUUAUUAUCGGUGAAACCUCCACAUUGCAGAAAAUAAUAUAUAUAUAUGUAUAUAGUUGUGCACGAUGUAACAGUGUCCAGCUCCAGAAGACGACUUCACAAGACGAUUUAUGGAAGCGGCAACCCGUGUUUUGGCUGUAAUGCAAGAUACAUUUAAAUCGCUUAAACAGACUGUUAAUAUUUCUAUUUAAAGGGCGUGGACCGAUUGAACAAGAGAAAAAAUACAAAUAACAAAGCAUCAGAAUAGCGAAGGUCACGAGAGAAUCAAAAGUGUUAAUAUGAAUUUGGAGAAUCCGAAGGCCUGGAACUUUUAGAAGAAUUAAAAAACAAAUCCACCGCACACUUUUGCACAAGGUUCAACAACUAAACGUAUAUUUCCAACAACAUCCCGUCGCGGGAGCAAAGAAAUCAUGAAACACUGAACUAGUAUGGUAAAAAGGACAAGGCAUGGUGUUGAUUUUUGAUAUGGGUCAGUCGUUGAUCCUGGGAUUUAUUUAUGUCGCCGGCUGUCUGCCGUUUUUAGUGAACAAUGUGUAAUAAACUUGUGGGACUGACUAUGCAGGCGAUCUGCUCUCCCUCUGGAGGUUAGACUGUGCGCUGAAGCCUGUAACAGCUUGGCUCCUGAGAUGGAAAGGAGAUAAUACUUCAAUCGGCCAUCUGCUAGUAAUAAAGAAGUUGCUGUACAAGCAUCCACAGUUUCACGUAAAGUGACCUCUGGAUUCAUACCGUUACUUUUGUGUUUAAUAAGGACACGUUGAGAUUGUUAUUUACCCGCGUGUAUGAAUUAAACUUGCAAUAAAGCUCUGUGUUUGCUGAACUUCAGGAUGAAAUUGAAGAAGCAGGUGACUGUUUGUGGUGGAGCCAUAUUUUGUGUGGCAGUGUUUUCAUUGUAUCUGAUGUUGGACAGAGUUCAGCACGAUCCUGCUCGGAGGCAGAAUGCUGGAAACUUCCCUCGGAGCCAAAUUUCAGUGCUACAGAAUCGCAUUGAACAAUUAGAACAACUAUUGGAGGAAAACCAUCAGAUCAUCAGCCAUAUCAAAGAUUCAGUGUUGGAACUCACAGAGAAUGGAGGAGGAGGAGGAGGAGCAGUAGGUGCAGGUGCAACUGGUGGGCAGCUGCCAUUUCGAAAUAAUAAUGGAUCCUGGAUUAUUCCCUUUGAUAUACGUUCCAGCUUCCUUUCUGUCAUGCCACAAGACUGCCAGUUUGCCCUUGGGAGCCAUGAGGAACAAAGUGAUUUAAAGAUGCUGAAUAUAUAUUCAAUACUUAAAUUUGACAAUAUGGAUGGAGGUGUUUGGAAGCAGGGAUUUGAUAUCACUUAUAAUACUAAUGAAUGGGACAAUGAACCACUGCAGAUUUUUGUUUUGCCACACUCCCACAAUGAUCCAGGCUGGGUAAAAACAUUUGAUAAGUACUACUUGGACCAGACACAGCACAUCUUCAAUAACAUGGUGGUGAAACUAGCAGAAGAUCCACGUCGCAAGUUCAUCUGGUCUGAGAUAUCUUUCUUUGCUAAGUGGUGGGAGAGUGUUGAUUCAAAAAAACAAGAGGCCAUGCGCAAGUUAAUCCUAGGGGGCCAAUUGGAGAUGGUUACUGGAGGCUGGGUAAUGACUGAUGAAGCAAAUGCACAUUACUUUGCAAUGAUCGAUCAACUGAUUGAAGGACACCAGUGGCUUAAGAAAAACAUUGGUGUAACCCCCCGUUCUGGUUGGGCAGUUGAUCCGUUUGGACACAGUCCCACAAUGGCUUAUCUGCUUAAGAAGUCCAAAUUUACCAGCAUGUUAAUCCAGAGGGUCCAUUAUUCUGUGAAAAAGCAUUUCUCUGCUACUCAUAGCCUGGAGUUCAUGUGGCGGCAGGCCUGGGCUCCUGACUCUAGUACAGAUAUAUUCUGCCACAUGAUGCCAUUUUACAGCUAUGAUAUACCCCAUACAUGUGGACCAGAUCCUAAGGUGUGUUGUCAGUUUGAUUUUAAAAGGCUUCCCGGUGGUAGAGUAAACUGUCCCUGGAAGAUCCCUCCACGAGCUGUCACAGAUCUCAAUGUUGCAGAGAGAGCAAACCUACUCCUUGAUCAGUACAGGAAAAAAUCGAAACUGUUCCGUAGUAAAGUUUUGCUGGUUCCACUAGGAGAUGACUUUCGGUAUGAUAAAGCACAAGAGUGGGACCAGCAGUACCUGAAUUAUCAAAAGCUUUUUGACUACAUGAAUUCUCACCCUGAGAUGCAUGUGCAGGCCCAGUUUGGAACACUUUCAGAUUAUUUUGAUGCUUUAUACAAACAGAACGGUGUGGCACAGGGUUCAAAGCCUCCUAACUACCCCACAUUGAGUGGGGACUUCUUUGUAUAUGCAGAUCGAGAGGACCAUUAUUGGAGUGGAUACUAUACAUCUCGACCUUUCUAUAAGAACCUGGAUCGCAUCUUGGAGUCAAACCUAAGAGGAGCAGAGAUUUUGUUCAGUCUGGCUGUGGCUCAUGCUCGUCACUUGGGGAUGGAGAAGCGCUAUGCAAUGUCAGAUUACUCUUUUCUUACGGAAGCAAGACGCAAUGUUGGUCUCUUCCAGCAUCACGACGCUAUCACAGGCACAGCUAAAGAAGCAGUUGUUGUUGACUACGGGGUCAGGUUGUUGCACUCCCUUGCAGGUGUAAAAAGAGUAAUGAUUAAUGCUGCUCAUUUCCUUGUGCUGAGAAAUAAGGAUAUUUACCGAUACUACCAGACAGAGCCCUUUCUUGAACCAGAUGAAAGACGUGCAACACAUGAUUCUUUGCCUGAAAGAACAUUGAUUGAGCUUGACUCCACUCCAAGGUAUUUGGUCGUGUUCAAUCCUGUUGAGCAGGAGCGAGUUUGCAUGAUUACAGUUCUGGUGAGCUCAGCACGUGUGCGUGUUUUGACAGAAGAUGGACAGACUCUGCCAGUCCAGUUGAGUGCACUGUGGACCUCAGCUACAGAGAUAAACAAGGAUGGCUAUCAGGUAUCUUUUCCAGCCCGCCUGCCUGCUUUGGGUUUGAUGGUGUUCCAGAUAUACGAUUCAUUUGACUCCUCCCUAACUAUGCGAUCAGAAACAAUUCUUCGGCUGUAUGGCCGAAAUCUAACUCCAAAACGAUUUGAUCCACUACCGCUAAAGGUCCAUAGUACUGAACAGCAGGACUUCUAUAUUCAGAAUCAAAAUUUCCAGUUAUGGUUUUCUGGAACUACAGGGCUGUUAGAGAGUGUCAAGCUCAAGGAAAGCCAGCAGGAGAUGAAGCUGAAGAUUGAAUUCUUAAUCUAUGGCACCCGCCCUUCAAAAGACAAGAGUGGAGCUUAUCUUUUCCUGCCUGAUGGCCCAGCAAAGCAUUACAUAUCAAAGGAUCCACCCAUUGUCAGAGUUGUGGAAGGUCCUCUCUUUUCUGAAGUUAUGUGUCACUAUCAGCAUUUCCAGCUAACAAUACGCCUUUAUAAUCUGCCAGGUGUAGAUGGUCUUUCUGUAGAUGUCACUACAAUGGUUGAUAUAAGGGAUCAGGUCAACAAAGAGCUGGCCAUGCGCAUUACAUCUGACAUACAGAGUGAUGGGGUGUUUUUCACUGAUCUAAACGGGUUCCAGAUCCAGCCCCGAAGAUAUUUACAAAAACUUCCCCUCCAGGCCAACUUUUACCCAAUGCCAACCAUGGCUUACAUACAGGACAGCCAGCAUCGGCUCACAUUUCAUACUGCACAGGCUUUGGGUGCUACCAGUCUUGAGAAUGGUCAGCUAGAAGUGAUUUUGGAUAGAAGACUCAUGCAGGAUGAUAACCGUGGACUAGGACAGGGUUUAAAGGAUAACAAGAGAACAAUCAAUCAAUUCAAAAUCCUGCUGGAGAAACGGGCUACAUCCAACAAGGUGCAGGAUAGUCGGCCUGUUAGCUUCCCCUCUUUGCUUAGUCACUUUACUUCAAUGUUCCUAAACCAUGGAAUUGUAGCCAUGCCAGUUUCACCAAAGAAGCGUGGAGUGCCACCAUUGCAGUCCUUCAGCCCUCUGGCUAGUCCUGUCCCAUGCGACUUCCACCUGCUGAACCUACGCACUCUUGAAAAUCAGGAGGAAGUAAGCCCAUCUCUGGACACUACACUUUUGCUCCAUCGGAAAGGAUUUGACUGUGGUUUAGAGGCUAAGAAUUUGGGCUUCAACUGUACCACCAACCAAGGAAAGCUCUUUAUUUCUGGAUUAUUUCAAAAUCUGGAUCUACUUUCCAUUCAGCCCAUGACGCUAUCUCUAAUGCAUGAUGGUCCUUCCCUCUCUAAUGUUUCUCAGAUCCGAAUGGAACCCAUGGAGAUCUCUUCAUUUCGCCUACGUUUUCGCUAAUAGCACUUGGACUUGUAUCUUGCAAAGUAAAAAAAAAAAAAAUCACUGUGGAAAUACAUGGAAGCAAAGCUUGGAAACUGAAACAAGACUGCUGUAUCACUGAGUAGUCUGUGAUGAGAGAGAUUCUGGCACACGUCUGUUGCCCCAUUUACACUGCACAACUUUAUAGAGUGGGCAUUGUUGCAGCAGGUGCUAAAUGGAUCAUUUCAAACACUAAAUGCUCUGAGGAUUAGUAGCAGAAACACUGCACAACUGGCAGAGGUUUGUUGCUUUACAGUUUAGUGCCUCCAGGUUCAGCACUUGUACUUUUAAAAUUGAAUGCAGCAGUGCAGGUAAUCAUUUCAAAUUGCUCCAUCUAAUUAUUCUAUUUUAUAAGAUAGACCUACUGUUUUUUUUCAGCUGGAAGUGGAUUAUGAGUGAUUUAUCAUCGUAUGGACUCCUUUAUAAACAUGACUUGUCUGAUACUGUACUGUGAAUUAAGCCUCAUCUUUACGUGUCCAAGUCCAGGCUGCUGCAGAAAGCUCUUGGCUCUGGGAUGUGGCCGCUGGCCAGGUCAGUGUGGCCUGUAGCAGGAUUGUCUGAACUAGGUAGGGUUACUGCUGAUUUAAUUGAUGUGUACUUAAAUUAAGUUGGUGUGACUGCUGAACUACUCCAGCGGUCAUUUAAAGUUUAGGAAGUGGCGUUUCUGGAGUUGAGCAAGGGCUUCACAGUUUAAUGUAAUUUCCAAAUAGAAGUUUAAAAAUAAUUGUGAGGAUAAUGAUGAUCUUUCUUGUCUCCUUUUAAAGCUUGAAAAGGGACAUGGAUCAUAAAUAAGUUUGGCUCUCAAGUGUGCACACAUCUCUAGCGGGUGCAUUGGAAAACCACACAUAUGAAGUACGUGUUUGAGCACUCAGAGAGCGUUGCUUUAGUCCGGGUACCUUUGUAAACAGGAAAGAAUUGUUGUACUACAUGUAUAAAAGUUCUGUUUGUCUCCUCCACUCCCAGGAAUGUCUCGGUGAGCGUGGAGUCCAAACCAAAAGUGCAUUGAACUGUGGGGGACUUUUGUUGCUGAUGCUUAAGUCAGUGUCAGUAAUCUGAAAUUGAGCACACUGAAUGUUUUUAGGGGCGGUUAUCAUCCGUCAUCGCUGAAGUGGGGAAGUUUUUAUUUUUUGUGAUAAGUUGCAAUAUUUCACACAAUGUGAGGAUUUUUGUGUAUUUGUUUUGGAUAUGGUUAAAGUGUGUAAAAAAAAAAGGACACUUUCAUCUCUUUAACCAAACUUUAAAGUCAGUACAUGAGAAUUGGACAAAUUUGACCACAAAGUCUUGGGCUUGUUUUAAUCAGUUACUCUAUGAACGAGAACAGGAUUUCUUUUUUGUCAUAUUGUGGUGAUUUGUUCCAGACACUAACGCAAAUGGAAUCAUCUUUCUUUGCACUGUUCUCAUUCACCUGUGUUGUGCUUUUUUUUUUUUGUAGACCAUAAUAUUCACAUGGAUACAGUACAAAAUUAAUUUGAUUCAAUUCUUUGAUAAAAAUGAUUGAGCCAAAUUAAAAUCAGUUAUCCACUCCUGUACAAUAAUAUAAGAAUCAUAAUACAAAUGUGUGAUUUAAUAACCUGUAUCUUAUAGAAAGUGAAAAGCAGGUAAAAUCUGUAGAAAUACUCCAUUCAGUUUUUAAAUAAACGAUGACGUAAACAGAAUCGGUUCACUGUUCUGCUGCUUCCAGGUAUCUUCAUUUUUGUAAUGUAUUUCCUUUUGUUCUGCAUAUUUUGUAAUAGCAAGUAAUGAAUUAUUGCGGAAGUAAAUAAAAUAGGACUUUAAAGAU